CCCUCAGUCUUGGCAGGGCACUGUACCCAUCCUGUCCUCUCGUCCUCCGCUAGACCCUGCUCACCGCCCAACCUGGGACGAUGGGGAGGAAAAAAAUCCAGAUCUCGCGCAUCCUGGACCAGCGGAACCGGCAGGUGACCUUCACCAAGCGCAAGUUUGGGCUGAUGAAGAAGGCAUACGAGCUGAGUGUGCUGUGCGACUGUGAGAUUGCGCUCAUCAUCUUCAACAGCGCCAACCGCCUGUUCCAGUAUGCCAGCACCGACAUGGACCGCGUGCUGCUCAAGUACACGGAGUACAGCGAGCCCCACGAGAGCCGCACCAACAGCGACAUCCUGCAGACCCUGAAGCGGAGGGGUGUUGGCCUUGAGGGGCCGGACCUGGAGCCUGACGAGGGUCCUGAGGGCCCUGGUGAGAAGCUGCGGAGGUUAGCAGUGGACGGCGGGGACCCAGCCUUGCCCCGGCCCCGGCUCUAUCCAGCAGCUCCCACUAUGCCCAGCCCAGAUAUGGCUUAUGGGGCCCUGCCACCCCCCAGCUGUGACCCCUGUGGGCUUGGUGAAGCCCUGCCAGCCCAUGGCCGCCCGUCCCCCUUCCGGCCCACCAUCCCCAAAGCAGGGCCUGCAGGCGUCAUCCCCCAUCCUCUCUUCUCCCCGGGCCACCUCGCCAGCAAGACACCCCCACCUCUGUACCUCGCGGCUGACGGGCGGAGACAGGACCUGCCUGGAGGCCUGACUGGGGCCAGGGGAGCACUGGGCACCCCGAGAGGCCUCUACGGGGGUCUGCAGAGUCCAGGCCCAGCAGCAGUCCCUGGACCCACCCUCGCCACCUUCCCCUUCCUGCCUGCAGGCCCCCCAGAAUAUGGCCUGGAUGACCCGCCUCCACCCCCUGGUUUGCUGCAGCCCCACACCCUGACCUCCUGGCAACCCUCCCGAGGAGAUGGGCACCCUGCUGUCCCCACCCUGCCCAGCGGAGGCCGCGGCCUGGCCGAGGAGGGACCCCCUGCCCGCGGCGCGUCACCCCUCAGUCCGCGGAUCAGCAUCAAGUCGGAGCGCCUGUCGCCCACCCCCGGGGGCCUCAGAGACUUCCCCAAGACAUUCCCCUAUCCGCUGCUCCUGGCCCGACCUCCCGCAGAGCCCCUCCGGCCCGGGCCCCCCAUGCGCCGGAUGCCCACGGCAGACAGCUGGCCGCGGUAG